AUGAGCACAAGCGCAACGCAAGCGCAAACAAAUGCGAGAAAUGGCCUAGACGGACACGCGCCGCCGUCUGCAGGCAAUGACGCGGCACACAUGGCAGGGCAGGACGCGAGGUCGAAAAAGGUGGACAAGCAGAGCCCGGAGUAUCUCAUGAAGAGCAUGCUCGCGGGCGGCAUCGCGGGCUGUGCUGCCAAGACUGUAGUUGGGCCCCUUGAUCGCGUCAAAAUCCUCUUCCAAACCCGCAAUCCGCAGUUUGCGAAAUACACUGGCUCCUGGUCUGGAUUCCCGACCGCCAUGUACGACAUCUAUACGUCCACGGGCAUACGCGGGCUCUUCAAGGGCCACUCGGCAACGCUGCUACGCAUCUUUCCCUACGCCGGUAUCAAGUUCCUCGCAUACGAACAAAUCCGCGCCCGCGUGAUCAAGAACAAAGGCGAGGAGACUGUUGGCCGCCGAUUUCUGAGCGGGAGUCUGGCAGGCAUGGUCAGUGUCUUCUGCACAUAUCCACUAGAGGUGAUAAGAGUACGACUAGCCUUUGAAACACAAGCAGAGGCACGCAGUAGUUUCGCAAGUAUAGUGCGCAAGAUAUAUGCCGAGACGCCACCGCCGACAUCACAUAACCCGUCAAACCCGGUUACGGCAACGGCAACGCAUGUCGUGGAGAGAGUCACGCCAAGGUCCGGGCUGAGCAAUUUUUUCCGAGGAUUCACGCCGACGCUGUUGGGCAUGGUGCCAUAUGCGGGCGCCUCCUUUCUGGCACACGACACAGUGUCGGAUAUGUUAAGGAAACCGGCACUGGCGCCGUGGACUACGCUUCCUGGAACCGCACGGGAGGAAUCGACAACACAAUCACACAAGCCUGCACAGUUACGAUACUGGGCGGAACUCAGCAGCGGUGGUGUUGCGGGCUUGGUCUCGCAGACUGUCUCAUACCCACUGGAAGUGAUAAGGAGGCGGAUGCAAGUCGGGGGUGUGGUUGGUGACGGACAUCGCUUGGGCAUAGCCGAAGUCGCAAAGAGGAUAUACCUCGAGAGAGGCUGGAGGGGAUUCUUCGUGGGCUUAUCGAUUGGAUACGUCAAGGUCAUUCCAUUGGCUGCAACGAGUUUUUACGCAUACGAGAGAGGCAAGUACUAUCUCGGCAUCUAGAUGGCUGCAUUGUCCUCAUGGCGUUGGGAGCAAUGGCGUGUAGAGAGGCAAGAGGAGGCGGGUUUUAUGAGCUCUCUAUGAGAAGCUUGUAUAUAGUGAUAUCCACAUCAGCAAAUCCACGAUCAAACAUUUCG